UGGCGGCGGCGGUUGCCGGGGCGACAGCUGGAGAAGUGGCGGUCAAGAGGAUUUGUGGAGGGUUCCCGCGGCGGUGCAGCAGAGACUUUUGCUGUGUGAAAUAACAGUAACCGUUCACUAUGGGAGAUGUUCUGGCUCAUGAAUCAGAAUUACUUGGACUUGUGAAAGAGUAUUUAGAUUUUGCCGAAUUUGAGGACACCUUGAAAACGUUUUCAAAAGAGUGCAAAAUGAAAGGAAAGCCAUUAUCUCAAACAGCAAGUGUCUCUUUAAGGGACUCCAAAUCACUGAUCAUCCAGAAGGACCUCGUUGCUGCAUUUGACAGUGGAGACCAGAAGGUGUUCUUCGAUUUGUGGGAGGAGCACGUUCCCAGUUCCAUUCGAGAUCAUGACUCCCUUGCCCAGAAGUUGGAGUUCUAUCUUCACAUCCAUUUUGCCAUCUAUCUUCUGAAACACUCCGUAGGGAGACCUGACAAAGAGGACCUGGAUGAGAGGAUUUCUUAUUUCAAAACCUACCUGGAGACCAAAGGGGCAGCGUUGAGCCAGACCACGGAGUUCCUCCCAUUCUAUGCUCUGCCUUUUGUUCCCAACCCCAUGGUACACCCCUCGUUUAAAGAGCUCUUCCAGGAUUCUUGGACUCCAGAAUUAAAGUUGAAGUUGGAAAAGUUUCUGGCUUUAAUUUUUAAGGCCAGUAACACGCCGAAGCUUUUAACAUUAUACAAGGAGAACGGACAAAGUAACAAAGAUGUGUCCCAGCAGCUCCACCAGCAGCUGGUAGAAGCUGAACGGAGGUCCAUGACGUACCUGAAGCGGUACAAUAAGAUCCAGGCGGACUACCACAAUCUCAUCGGGGUCACAGCAGAGCUGGUGGAUUCUCUGGAGGCCACAGUCAGUGGCAAGAUGAUCACCCCGGAGUACCUGCAGAGCGUGUGUGUCCGCCUCUUCAGUGACCAGAUGCGACAGAGCCUGGCCCACAGCAUGGACUUCACGAGGCCUGGGACGGCUUCAACCAUGUUGAGAGCCUCCUUGGCACCUGGGAAACUGAAGGAUGUCCCGUUACUGCCCUCCUUGGAUUAUGAGAAACUGAAGAAGGAUUUGAUUUUGGGGAGUGACCGCUUGAAAGCCUUCCUGUUGCAGGCUCUUCGCUGGCGCUUGACCACGUCCCAUCCUGGAGAGCAGAGGGAGACUGUUCUGGAAGCUUACAUUGGCAACGACCUCCUGGAUUGUCACAGCCACAGCCAGAGGAGCGUGCUGCAGCUGCUGCACUCUAGGAGUGAGGUGGUGCGACAGUAUAUGGCCCGGCUCAUCAAUGCUUUUGCGUCCCUGGCAGAAGGUCGCCUCUACCUGGCCCAGAACACGAAGGUGCUGCGGAUGCUGGAGGAAAGGUUGAAGGAGGAGGAUGAGGACAUCGUCACCCGCGAGAACGUUCUCGGGGCCUUGCAGAAGUUCAGCCUCAGGCGCCCACUGCAGACAGCGAUGAUUCGAGACGGCCUCAUCUUCUGGCUGAUUGAUAUUCUGAAGGACCCCGAUUGCCUUUCGGACUACACACUGGAGUACUCGGUGGCCUUGCUCAUGAACCUCUGCCUCAGGAGUGCAGGGAAGAACAUGUGUGCCAAGGUGGCAGGCCUGGUGCUGAAAGUUCUCUCGGAUCUGCUUGGCCAUGAGAACCAUGAGAUACAGCCGUAUGUGAACGGAGCUCUGUACAGCAUACUUUCUAUUCCAUCCAUUCGUGAGGAAGCAAGAGCAAUGGGAAUGGAGGACAUCCUUCGCUGCUUCAUCAAGGAAAGCAAUGCUGAAAUGGUGCGCCAGAUUGAAUUCAUCAUCAAGCAGCUUAAUUCAGAAGAGCUACUGGAUGGUGUUCUUGAGUCUGACGAUGAUGAAGAUGAAGAUGAUGAAGAGGACCAUGACAUUAUGGAAGCUGAUCUGGACAAAGACGAGCUGAUCCAGCCGCAGCUUGGAGAGCUGUCAGGCGAGAAGCUUCUGACCACGGAGUACUUGGGAAUUAUGACGAACACGGGGAAGGCGAGGCGGAAGGGCCUGGCCUGUGUGCAGCAGAGUGCCGACGAGCCCCUGCGCCGGCCUGUCACCCCCGGCGGCCACAGGACCGGGUACCCAGUACUGGAAGACUGUCCCAUUUCUCCCCAGAUGACCCAGCACUCCCGAAACGGCAGCCUCCCAUCCCUGACAAGCGCCCACCAUCCUGUCUACAACUGUGCUCAGACCGGUGCUUCUGAGUCUGGCAUCUCUGCUUCUGCCACCGCAGACAUCAGGCCAGGAGAAUGGUUGCCAGCAGGACCUCAGGGAGAGGUUCGCCUGUCCUCCGCAGAAGUCCCCAGCCAGGCCCCAGGCCGUGGAGCAACCACUAGGGAAUUUACAUCAGCCUUCUCCUGUGAGCCCCGGACCCCCAGCACCCCGGCAAUCCUGGACCUGAACCCACCCAAGGCCAAGGCAUCCACUCUGGCCCCUCGGUUCUCUCCGUGCGGCCCCCAGCAGGCCAGCCACCCUGGCUCCAUGUUGUCCUCCACGAGGGGCCCACAGAGUGAGUCAGACCAGAGGGCGGGGCGCUGUGUUUGUCUGGGCCCCACAGGCCAAAGGGAAAGCCAGGGCCCUCGCCAGUGUCUCCUCCUGCCCUAGAAACCAGUUCUCCACUCAUCUUCCCAUGUAUGCCAUUGCCAUGGGCCUUGGGGGCU